AUGGACACAGGCAAGCAUAGACAGCAAUGGGUUCCAGACUGAAAGAAAACCCUGAGCGGACCUUCAACUGGUUCUUUGAGGCCACCUGCCCCAUUGCAAGAGACAACGAUCCCGGUCUUCUGUUUCAUUUUCCAGAGAAUUUUAAAGAUGAGGAGUCCUGUAAAACAUUGCCAAGAUUUUGCUUCCCCUAUGAUAUACAAAGAGUGAGGGAGGGAGUGCCAGUGCAGCACUUCACUUUUGUCCUGACUGACAUGGAGGGAUGCCAGCAGUUUGGCUUCUGUCGCCUCACUAACAGCACACGGACCUGCCUCUGUAUGCUAAGCUAUCUUCCCUGGUUUGAGGCGUUUUACAAACUACUCAACAACUUGGCUGAUUACCUUUCAAAGGGGCAGACAAAUGAGAUAAAGGGGCUGCUGUCAGUGCUUUACAAGCAGCCCAUACCGUUGGCGGUGGGGUCUGUCACGCUGCAAAUGGAAAAGCAGGUUUUGACCAGCACAGAGGUUUUCCACCCUGUUGGAUACCCACAUGGACAGGACGGAAUCCCAUAUUUUAUUGCUCCAGACCCCAGGUAUCUUCCUUCUAUUCCCGAGAGUAGGAACUUGACGGAGUUGAUUGUGGCAGUAGAUGUGGGCAACCUGCUUCAGCUCUAUGCCAGCAUGCUGUUUGAGAGACGCAUCCUCAUCUUUGCCAGCAAGCUCAGCAGUUUAACGGCAUGUGUCCACGCACUCAGUGGGGUGCUCUACCCCAUGUACUGGCAACACAUCUUCAUCCCUGUUCUGCCGCCUCAUUUACUGGACUACUGCUGUGCGCCAAUGCCUUAUCUCAUAGGGGUCCACACGAGUCUCACUGAGAGCGUGAAGAGCUGUAAAUUGGAGGAUGUCGUCAUUCUGAAUGUAGAUACAAACACACUGGAGACCCCCUUCGACGACCUGAAGAGGAUACCUGCAGAUGUGGUGUCAGGGCUGAAGGUGCGUUUGAAACGUCAUUCUACAUCUCCUGGAUGGGGUGUAGCCAGAGCUUUUCUCAGAGCACAAGCGCAGUUGUUUGGAGGCUAUCGAGAUGCCUUUCAGGAACAUAAGGGGGGUGACAUCUGGUUCAGCGAGGAGAUUUUUCUGGACCACAAGUCUCCCAGCAUGAGACAGUUCCUUCAGAGUGCCAUACAUUUACAGUUGUUCAAACAGUUCAUUGAUUCCCGUCUGGAGCUCCUGAACAAGGGAAAAGAACCAGAAGACCUCUUUGAGGAAGAUAUUCUACAGAUUGGAACAGAGGCUGAAGGAAGCAAAGCUUAUCAACAGUUAGUAGGUAACCUGAAGAAAGGAGGAGGUGCUCUCAUCCUCAACAUGAAGUCAAAGGCAAACCUAACGGCCAAAGGUUUUACAAAACUGGGGUUGAAAAACUUGCUGAUAAACAAGGCCCAAGGCGACGCAAACGUUCUUCAGAGGGGCGGCUCAGUAUCCCAUCGCCGUGCCCAGUCUGACUGCCUACAGAACCGUCUUCCCAUCACGCAACACUUUGGGACGUCUCGUCCUCGUCGGCCUCUUCACAAACACAGGACUCCCACAGAAGAGGAGAAUGCAGGGAUCACCAGAGACACCUGGGAUGGGGCCUGGUCUGGGCCAGUGGCAGACCCUGACUCUGAACUACAGAGCAAAGAGGAGGAAGGGGGAGACUCACUGCUGUGUGAGGAGAUGGAUCUCCUCGGGGAGAUUUUUGAAACACUCAGCUCCCGAAGCUCCCAUGAGCGUGGGCUGCUGUAUGGCACACGCAGCCUUGAUCUAUUUGGACCCAACAGCAAUGACUACAUCAGAACAGAGCAUCCGGCAAACCCCAGCCAGGAGAGUCUGUCUCUAUCCAUCAGUGGCAGUGAGAGCCUGCACAGCUGGAAUCUGGAGGAGGGGCUACAGAUCUUAGGGGUGGAGUCAGACCAGACAGAGGAGCCUGAUUGGCUGUUUCCAGAUCCAACCAUACCAGAAGAGCACAAGUCAGAAAGUCCGCUGGUUUCAUGUCAAUGGGGAGAACAAGAAAGGGAAGUGAAAGUGGAGAGAGAAAACACAAAUGACCAAGAGAAAAUGGAGGCGGCAAUGAAGAGGAACAGUGGAGAGGAAGAAACAGACAUGAAGAAAACAAGCUGCAAGGAAAUUAUGGUAGAAGAAAAAAAGAAAAGAAACCAAGAGAUUAAAGUAGGUGUUGUAGAGGAGACCAUAAAAGAAAGAAUUGAGAGGCAGGAGAACAAUACGUGCGGUGGAGACAGCAGGGAGGAAAACCAGGAUGAGAUCAUAGUGAGAGAAGGGGUGAUGAAAUUAACAGAGGAGCCAGUUAAAAUGCACGAAGAUUUGGCAUGUCAGGGAGAGAAAAAUGAAGACAAAGACAAAGGUAUGGACAUGACAGGAUCCUUGCACAGAAAUGGAUCCAGUAGCAUGGCCACUCAGUCCAACUGUGGCCACAACAGUGUGGACCCAUUUGAGAGGCAACAGGGACAAGACACAUUUGGCCUAGAUUUCAAAGCUUGUCUCGGUUCUGAAAACCACACAGCAGACUAUGACUCUGAAAUGUCCAUGGUUCAGGGAAAAGGAGAUGAACAAGAGGGAGGGAGAGAGGAACGAGAGGUGGCACAGACGUCCUGUUCUCCCAAGGUGUUAUCAGCCGUGGCGCGGUUCCAGUCCCAGGCCUGUGGGCAAGGUCUCCACAGUGUGCCUCGUACCUGGGAGGGCGUAGACAGAACCACCCAAAAGGCUGCAAACACUGAAUCCAAAGCAGAGAGCCAAUCAGAACCCACUGAGGAGGAAGACUUGCCUCCCCCUAAAGUUUCAGAACUUAAGAGGAGAUUUGAAGCGUAGUUGGUGUGAAGAUGACCAGUUGGCAAACCUUGCCAAAGUGUUGUAAACACCUAAAUCCAAAUCUUUUCCUCUUAACGGAUGGAUGGCUGAUUAAUUGCAGUUUGGAUGUGUCACCAAGAUAGAGCCACUGAAAUAAGUGAACUACAUUGAAGUAAAUAACUAUAGGUUUGUCAUCAUAGAAAUCAGUUACCACCCCACAAAAUAGUCAAGAUGAAAUCACUCAAAACAAUGGAUUAACAUACAUCCGGCUGUCAGAGGAAAUGCCAGUCAUAUUGUGCUCUCUAACAAAAUUAAUCUGCAUGACUGGGAGUAAAUAAAACCAGACUUCUGCCUUAUCAAAAGCGUCAAGACACUGUGAGGACUUCACAGCUUUACUGUGUUUGCAACCUAAUUGUCUAAUAAGAACACACUUUUUACAUCAUACAUAUCUAUAUAUAUAUAUAUAUAUAUAUGAGGAUUUAUUAUAUAUUCAAACAUUUCAUAGUUCAAAAUCAUCAAAGUGCAUCACAACAAUUGUCGGUGUUUUAAUCAUUACUCUUCAUUGGUGAAAAUAAACGCAUGUUCAUAUAUAAAUACAUAGAUAGCAAGAGUAUUUGUAAAGUGUAAAAAACAGACUACCUAUGUACAAAUACAAAAAAAAUACUUCAGGUCAUAUUCCUCAUCGCAGGGAAAUCUUUAAAUGCUGACCUCAACUGCUCUUGUUCAGAUCAGGGAACAGGCUGGUGACUAAAUGUUCAACUUUUUAAAGCGGUGACUGGUUCCUUUUUUUUGUAUUUCAUAAAUAAUGGCGCUUUGAGAAAAUUGACAGCCCAGCCAGUCCAUAUUCGGUGUCAUCUCUGAACUGUUGCAAUCACACUUAAGCCCUUGGUCUAGCAUGCAAGUUUCACCAGGUUAUUUGUACAAGAGGUAAAACAGGGGAACAUUCUGGUACCUUUGAACAGGAGGAAACGCUGGGGAGGUACAGUCAUAUCAGAAUAUAGGGUGUAUUUCACCUAGCAGUUUACAAAUACCACAUUAAGGCCAUUAGAAGAAGGCAUGCAAAGU